UAACACCGGAAAGCAGCAUAACAACCGACGGCAGUAACUGUUACGACUUGACACUUUAGCUUUAGCUUACAGACAAGAAAGAGCGGUGGUGUCGUUCAAAGAAAUUUCCUUUCACAAUGUCAGCUGUCAAUCCAGAAGGUUCUGGCGCAGCGUCAGGCAACAGACGCUUGCAGCAGACGCAAGCCCAGGUUGAUGAGGUGGUGGAUAUAAUGCGCGUUAAUGUAGACAAAGUACUGGAACGUGACCAGAAGCUGUCUGAACUGGAUGACAGAGCAGACGCACUGCAGGCUGGAGCCUCCCAGUUUGAGACCAGUGCUGCUAAGCUGAAAAGGAAGUACUGGUGGAAGAACUGCAAGAUGUGGGCUAUCCUGAUAGCUGUCAUAUUGAUCAUCAUCGUCAUCAUUAUUAUUUGGAAUUACUCGUAAAACCGCAACAAGAGGAGGAGGAGUGGAGGAAACGAUGAAGAAGAGGAGAGAAGGAGCAACCAUGCACAGUUAAUGUCUCGGAGGAAGACGUGACGGGAUUACUGGCUACUGAGCUCCAUAACAUUGUUCCCCUUGUCUUCAUUCUUUGUCCUGGUUUGACGUGUGUGUGUGUGUGUGUGUGUUUUCACGUGUGCCUGAGUAAAGGAUUGUGAUAAUACCAGAGUUCUUACCCUGCAUUACUACACCAUACCAGACAUCACUAAACUUCUGUUAGAGUGCCAUGCCACUUCCCAAAUAAAACAGACGCAUACAUGCAGAAACCGGUUGUUCAUUAAACUCCAACUCAUCUAUAACCUCUAAAAAAAGUAAAAAUGAAUCAUCUUCAACUGUUUCACAAAGCACAAUCUCUCUCACACACACACACACACACUCCAAACUCAGGACUUGAAGUGAAGAAUAUUGUUGUAAACUCUCCUUAACUGAUAUUUACUGUUUUUUAUAUUUUAUAAAUAGCCAUUGAUUUUGUGUGCCAGGCUAAGAAAAGUGCCUUUGAAAAUAUGCUGUUCUGUUUUAGUUUAGAUUGUAACCAUAACCCAGCCAACCCAUUGAAGUGAUGCCCCUUUCCAUGUACAGUACACAUUUGUACUUAAAGUGCCAAUAUUUAUAUUUUUCUGGUCUAUCAUUAUCAUGAUCAUGAAUUGUUAAAGUUAACCAUGGAAUGACGGGAUCCAAUGCCUUAUUCUAUUUAUGCACAUGGUAGAGUGCUAAUUGAGUUCUCUGUUUAAGACAUUUGAUUAUUUGAUUGAUUAAUCAGGAAUUUCAUUGAUACCCCUGCCCCCAAAAAACAAAAAGCUAACCAGCAACACACUGUUGACCCACCUUAUCAUACCGUGUCUAUGUGCAUCUUCUUUUCAAGUAGAUCUUAGAGUAAAAGCUAGUGUGGGCUUGUGUUAAGAGAAGUGCCUAUAUGCCAAGACAAACCGCCUCACAGCUAGGCAAGGCUAGAGAAACUGACGCGUUUUUAAAAAGAACAUAAAAAAAAAAGUGCUACACUGGGUUAAAAGUGGUGAACAGUCUCAAUGAUGUGCCAGAAAGUUUGUGAAAUAUUCAAGUGCAAAAAAGUAAGAAAAUAGUUGUAGUGGACAGAUGCCUUUUUAUAGGUUUCUCCAAUGGAGAACAGCCAAAGUAUAGCCACGCCUUAUUGAUCAUACAUACAUACAUAUAUACAUAUAUAUAUAUACAUACACACACCAUCCAGUAAAGGAGUUGUGCCUUCUGAAUGCUCUCACUGUCCAAACAAAUACUCUGCUGCUUGCUAAUUCAGCUGAACGUAAUAACCUUUAAUGAAGUCUUCUGUUCAGUCACACUGGCAUUUAUCCCAGCUGAUCAAUGCGAAGUGCUUCUCACGUGUGAUAUUUUAUUUUUAUUCUAACUAUAGCUUUUUUGCUAUCUAUUAUAUGUAGUACUAACCUUUAGGGAGACUUUAUAGAUUUUUUUUGUGUAGGUGUUCAUGGCUGUUGAGCACCAUGCAUGUUUGAGUGUAGAAGAAAAAUUUGUUCGGUAAUGACAGUGUCAUUAUAUAUCCUGUUCCAACACCGGAUGAUUGCAUUCCCUGCUGUUGCUUCCAUCCUGUUAAAAUAAAUGUGUUUUAAUGAGAAACAAUUUGGAAUUACUUUGUACAUUAAUUUCACUGUCUGGAAUUGUAUUACUGCAAGUAGAGCUGUGACUGGUGUAUUUUUCAGUACUGUUCAUCCUUCGCAGUGCAUGUACAAUACUAUGGUGAUUGAAAUGAACACUAACACAAGUGUUGGCUGUUAGACAUUAUUAUAAUAUAUAGCCAUAUUUAGCCACUAAGGACAAGACUAUUUUCAAAGGCUUACGAAAAUGCUUUUACCAGCCAAAUCACAUAUGUACUGAAUUGUCAUCAUCCUCUCCCGUCUACAUCAGAAAUCUCAGACCCAGUAACGUCCAAGCCUUGCUCAUGUCUAACUACUUGGGAAUUUAUUUGAAAAUAAGUGCCAUUCUACUCUUUGGCCCUAUGCCUUUUGCUUGAAUAAAACAGAUUUAACUUAAA